CCGUGGUACGUCAGGAAAAUAACUUCCAUUGAUGUGGGCGCAUGGCCAUUUGUACCAUUUAUAAUUUCAAUUUUCUUUGUAAACACUUGAAGACACGAUUAUUCAACUGAUCUCUAUCAAGUAAUAUCCAACCAAUACUCUCUGGGUUUUCCUGCAAGUAAUUUUGUCAUUUCGUAUUCCACUACUUGUUCUGAAGCCGCAGUCUGAUUGGUUAAAACACAUGUCUGUAUCGAAAAUAUUUGCAUAUCACAAGAGACAUUACGAUAACAACUGACUGUCUGACUUAGUUGCCGAAAUAUCAAAAGCAGGCGGCUGUUAAGCGAUGCACACUGCACAAAUACAAGAAACUAACUCAUUUUUGGAUUAGUGUUGAUACGCAAGCAAAAUUGGAUUGGAGCAUCAAGAAUCUAGUUGGAAACUAUCAAAUUACUCAAUUUUCAACAAUGUAUGGAUUAUGGUCCUCAAGUUUAGUGUUGAUGAUGGCAAUUUUAUUUUCCGUCUGCACUCCCGCUAAUACAGAGGAGGGAACAAAACAAAAAUGCCAGGGUUCCGUGAUGAAGUUAAAGUGUCUCAACAAGUCAUACGCCCUCUCCAUUGUCGCAGUUUUUUAUGGUCGUGAAUAUCCUGGAAGCAACAUGUGUAGAAGCCCGAAUUCAAAGCUUUCUGACGAACUCAGAUGUGAAAGAAAUGAAAAUAACGUUACAGGAGAUGUAAAAAGGCUUUGCGAAGGAAAAAACAACUGUAAUUUCACAAUUGAGAGUCCAACUUUCAGUUUACCAGACAAAUGUCCUAAAGUGUACAAAUACAUGCAUAUCGACUAUAAAUGUGUUAAAAUAAAAAAAAGCAAAAGAGAGAAAGUAGUGGCUAUACUUGUUACUCCUACGCCAUCUCUUGUGAAAACAACAAGCAGAAUAACCACGAGUUAUAAAAUAAAGACAAGCACAUUCACAUCAACUGAAGUUAUCAAACCAUCCACCACAAUGGUUGCUAUCGUUGAUAGACUGCUCACAACCCACCAAUCACAAGACACUUCCUCUCGCUCCAGUUCACUCAGCAGCUCACGACCACACAGUGUAAGUGUGACUACAGUUAGUCAUACACAGCGGUCACCCUCCACUACCAUAGAAAGCCUAGAAAGGCCACGCUUGAGACCAACCAAACCCUCUUCAAAAACAUACGAAAAUAGCGCAAUAAGCGCUGAUCGACAUGGAACUAUGAAACUGUUUAGAUUUAUUGUCAGUUUCCAUAUAAUUCGUGAAGAGACCAUUGAGAAACGUACUGCAAGCUCUGUGGUUUGGUUUUUAUUUGGUUUACUUGUUGGCUUGUUCAUAAUGAUUGCUGUUUUAGUUUAUUAUCGUGUCAAACAAGCACGUCGUGAACGUAAAGACAAGCCAAAUAAGGAAGCUUAUAUUAAACAAAAAAACUGGAGCGAAACAGGGACGAUAGAGGAAAAUACUAUCCUACAUCCGAAACAGCUCGAGGUUUUAGAAAUGGAAAGCCAACUUGGAGAAACAGUGUAGUCAUUUAUGAAAGAGUUCACUGAUGAACGACCUAAGGAAAUACCAGAC